CAAGUCAUUUCAUCAUCACUGGCUCAGUGGCUCGGUAUUGGACGCAGACAGAGCGCUGCUCUGUCAAUUGACAUAUAAGACGAAUAUCAGUAUUUUGUCUUUCAGUUUCCUGUAUAUCGCUUUGAUAUACAUAUACAUAUUUCAAAAAUCGUUUGUAUCAUUGCUAACGUUGCAGUGUGAUUGAGAGUGUUCUAGAAAUUCCCGUUUCGCCGUUAGAACGUCUCUUGGAAAUUGGCUUUGUUCGCUCCGACAGCACACAGUCUGCUUUAUCAUCCAGAAUGGACAAUUUGGAGAAAGAAAAUAGGUCUGACGAAGAUUCGGAAUACGAAGAAGAGGAGGUGGACCCAAGAAUUCAGGGAGAACUGGAGAAACUCAACCAGUCUACAGAUGACAUCAACAGAUGUGAGACACAACUGGAGGAUGCCAGGCAGAAGUUCCGCACGGUGCUGGUUGAGGCCACGGUGAAGCUGGAUGAGCUGGUCAAGAAGAUUGGGAAGGCGGUGGAGGAGUCCAAACCCUACUGGGAGGCCCGGAGAGUGGCCAGACAGGCUCAGCUGGAGGCCCAGAGAGCCACCCAGGACUUCCAGAGGGCCACGGAGGUGCUGCGUGCGGCCAAGGAGACCAUCGCCCUGGCAGAGCAGAGGCUCCUGGAGGAGGACACCAGGCAGUUUGACUCAGCCUGGCAGGAGAUGCUCAACCACGCCACCCAGAGGGUGAUGGAAGCGGAGCAUACAAAGACGCGGAGUGAGCUGGUGCACAAGGAGACAGCAGCCAAGUACACGGCAGCCAUGGGCCGCAUGAAACAGCUGGAGAAGAAACUCAAACGCACCAUCAACAAGUCCAAACCUUACUUUGAGUUGAAGGCAAAGUACUACCUACAGCUUGAGCACCUAAAGAAGAACGUGGAUGAGUUGCAGGCCAAGCUGAGCCAGGCCAAAGAAGGGUACAAGACGGCUCUGAGAAACCUGGAGGUGAUCUCAGACGAGAUCCACGAACGCCGACGCAACUCGGCCAUGGGCCCCCGGGGGCGGGGCGUGGGCGCCGAUGGCGACAGUGCCUCCGUGGAUGACAUCUCCAGCUUCAAGAUGGAGUCGGAUGGCAUCUCCAUGACGUCCGAGUCGUUUGAGGAUGAGACCUGCAGCAGCAGUGCCAUGUCAGAGGAGGACUCAGAGACCCGCUCCACCUGCAGCCCCCAGGACCUGCCCUCGCCCUGCCCCUCUGCCAGCUCCUCUUCCCCUGCUCCCUCCUCCUCCUCUUCCCCUGCUCCCUCCUCACGCCCCUGCAGUCUGGACCUUCCCAGCCCAGUCUCGCUGUCUGACUUUGGCCUCAUCUCGCCUGUCCUGGGACCACGCAGCGAGUGUAGCGGGGCGUCAUCACCUGAGUGUGACCUGGAGAGAGGUGACCGAGCAGAGGGAGCAGAGGGUGAGCUGGACAAUACUGUAAACAACAACAGCACCACCGUCCCAAACACCAACAAGACCACGGGCCUGGAGGUCCGCCUCAGCUUCCUGUCUCUUCGACGCUCGCGCAACGACAGCACCAAUAACACCAAGCGCGAACGUCAAAGCCGUUCCCAGACCCCCACCCAAACUGUGGUCCUGAUCAACGGGCUGUGAAGUAGAAAGCUAAUCCACAAGCUAACCCCAUCACUGGCUUUGUGUGCCAACAUGCUCUAUUGCCAGUAACCAAACACACAUUCCAUUCUACCCCAUGAACUAAUACUGGCUAAGUGAACAGAAAGUGGCUCAGUAUGAGAUACUAUGAACUAAAUGGUCAGUGUAUAUACAGUUCCUAUGGAUCAUGAUGAUGAAGAGACUUAAGACCCAACCCAGGGUUGGUGAUGUCAUGAAACCACCACUUCCUAUAGAAAGGACCUUUCACCUUUUGACCUCACACCCAUAGGUUCCUCAGUCAGAUUGGCUUCCCAUAAUUCCCUACUGUACUCCACACACAUUAAGGACAGUGCUGGCUAACGUCCUAAGGGUGGGGGCCCAUGGUAUGAGGGGAAAUGGGACAAACAGUAUUGUUUUUUUACUGUGAUAUACUCCCUGAGAGGGAGCUGCACUUCAAGACAAGACGUGAUUCUGUUGUUUGUAAAUGAAAGAAUGCACUCCUAGCUUCGACUAUUAGAAAUGGGUGUUAUUUAUAAAACUUGAUGUCACAGUGAAUGUGCCACUUGUUUUACCAAUACAGAAAAUAGUAAAAUACACAUAAAUUGACAGAAAUCUGUGUUAAACUUUUGUAAACGAAGAGCACGCAUGAGGCCACGAUUUAAAGUCAGGAUUUCUAAAAAGGAACAAGUACAUUUACGGAGUUCAAGUUUUGUGAAUAACCCUCAUGACUUGUAAUAUUACUCUGUUAUAUCCUCUCACAGAUAGUUGAUUUUUGAAUACUCUCACUAUUAUGUAAUGUAAUGUGCACGGCGUAUAGAGCCUAUGGCAACUGAGAACAAACACACACUACCAGCCCCUGGCUGGCAUCUCUUCGGACCGCCCGUGCAUUUGUCCAAUAGGGGUCUUCAGAAUUGGACUUAAAAGAACUGUAUUCUAUUGCACAACUCAUUUCCCAGUGAUCCAACUGUGAAUCCAUCUCGCCGACAGUAGCAUAAAGCUGGACUUGGAAUCUAGAUUCCAAGAGUAGAAUAAUUGUGUGGGGUGAGGCUACAGUAGAUAUACCCUCCAGCCUAGCCCUCCUUCCAUCCAUCUCCCUGUCAUGGCAUCCCCAAUGGCCCCGUACUGAGGGACAAUGUCCACCCACGGACGGUAACACCAAGAACUUAGCAAUAGCGCAAGGACAGAACAAUAUCUGCCCAUGGACACUUUCACAUAGAGUUCCCUGUAACGGAAUGAAAAUUGCCAGCCAGGUAAUUCUCAGAAUCUGAGGAUGGUUUUGUCUUGGACCAAUAGAGAAAGUGAAACUGAUGGUGAAGAAUGAUGAGGUCUUUUGUGGAAACUGACAGAAUAAUUGAUAGUGUUGUGAUUUCUGGUGGACAGUAUCAGCUACUGUAAGUUGUAGAUCCAUAUUGGCUAAAGUGGCACACAGUAGACUGUCAGAUGUUUGAGGUCUAGUCGUCUGUCUCAAAUAGUGUUACAUUGGCUUCCUCUCCUGGUCUCCUUAUGCUCCAUGGCCACAUGGGAAAGAUAUUUGGUCACUGAGUUAUGAGAAAAGCAAGCUAUUGCACAAGACUAUGCAGUCUAUUUGUUAUUGUGAUUGCUCCAGUCCAUGUAUGUACUGUACCUGUACAAAUGUAAUGUUGUAUCGAUGUUUAUCUGUCACCCUUCGCUGUGGAAUAUAAGGAUAUAACCAUGACAGUCCGUCUCAUAGCCGUCUUCCUCCAGUGGGUCUUGUUAUGUUAGAGUCAUUUUCCAUUGUGUCUCCACAGUUUGUGCCUGUUUUCUGAAAAGAAUCCAUUAAAGUCAUGUUCAGUAA